CACCUGCGCCAACGACUUCUCAAUACCGUGUGCCGCCGUGCCCCCUACCCCCCUGGCCGCCACCCAAACCAACGUCCCCCCGGGUCAAAGAAACCAUGUGCCGCGCCACGUUCCUACGGGCCGAGCGCCACUAAAUCAGCACCGCCCGGCGCUCAGUCAAGCUGGCAAGAACGAGAGAAGUACCCAGUAAGCAGCAAGCGAUGGCGAGAGGGCGGGAAGGGGAGGAGCGGAAGAUGGUGCUGGGCAAGUACGAGCUGGGGCGGUUGCUGGGGCAGGGCACCUUCGCCAAGGUGUACUACGCGCGGGACCUGAGCGCGGGGGGAGGCAGCGUGGCGAUCAAGAUGAUCGACAAGGCGCGGCUGCGGCGCACGGAGGGGAUGAUGGAGCAGCUACGCCGGGAGAUCUCCAUCAUGCGGAUGGUGCGCCACCCCAAUGUGGUGGGGAUCCGGGAGGUGCUCGCCAGCCGGUCCAGCGUCUUCGUCGUCAUGGAGUACGCGCGCGGUGGGGAGCUCUUCGCCAAGGUGGUCCGGGGCCGGCUCACCGAGGACCACGCGCGGAGGUACUUCCAGCAGCUCGUCGCCGCCGUCGGGUUCUGCCACCGCCGAGGCAUCUCGCACCGGGACCUCAAGCCCGAGAACCUCCUGCUGGACGAGGAGGGCCAGCUCAAGGUCACCGACUUUGGGCUCGCCGCGCUGCCCGAGCAGUUGCGCCACGACGGCCUGCUCCACACGCAGUGCGGCACCCCCGCGUACGUCGCGCCCGAGGUGCUCAGGAAGCGCGGCUACGACGGCGCGCGCGCCGACCUCUGGUCCUGCGGCGUCGUACUCUACGUGCUCCUCUGCGGCUUCCUCCCAUUCCAGCAUGACAACUGCGCCAAGAUGUACCAGAAGAUCUUCAAGGCUGAGUACCAGAUGCCGCCAUGGGUCUCCUGCGACGCGCGCCGCCUCAUCGCCCGCCUGCUCGUCGUCGACCCCGCCAAGCGCAUCUCCAUCCCGGAGAUCAUGCGGACGCCGUGGUUCAGGAAGGGCUUCGUGCCGCCCGUCCCGUCCCCCCCAGUCUCGCCCAAGAAAUGGCUGGAUGAAGACGACGGUGGUGUCCUCCUCGACGGUAGCGAGGACAACAGCAGCAGCAACUCCGGCUCCAUGUCUCCUCGGACGUGCAAUGCCUUCCAGCUCAUAUCCUCCAUGUCCUCCGGGUUCGACCUGUCGGGGCUGUUCGAGAGCGAGCAGAAGGCCGCGACGGUGUUCACGUCCCGCGCGCCGGCGGCCACCGUGGUGGAGAAGCUGGAGGCCGUGGGGCGCGCCCUGGGGUUCGAGGUCGCCAGGGGUAAGGGGUGGAGGGUGAGGAUGGAGGCGAAGGCCGACGGCACAAACGGGCGGCUCGCGGUCACCGCCGAGGUGCUCGAGGUGGCCGCGGGCGUGGCCGUGGUCGAGUUCGCGCACGAUGCCGGGGAUGCUCUGGACUUCAACAAUUUCUGCGCGGAGGACGUGCGCCCGGGGCUUGCGGACAUCGUCUGGGCGUGGCAGGGCGACAGCCCGCCCAUGCCGGCCGCCGUCGUCGGGUGUGCGUGAGCAGAGGAAACGUUCGCUCUGGCGUUUUGUCUGUGAUGUAAAAGUCGCAGCGGCUUUGCUUAGGAUUUGCACGGUUGCACUUGCACUAGCUUAGGGCUGUGAAAUUUUAGUUGUUGCUUUGUGACAGCCAUGACUUGUGUGUAGUUAUGCAUCGUUCGUUGUACAGGCAGAACUCAGUAGAAACCCCAGCUUAAAGGUGUUUGUCGACACGAUGAGUCGAGUUGAGGCACGGCGUACUCGGUUUGCAGAGAUUUGAUCCUUUUUUUUUCUUUACGUGUGGAGAUGUGUACAUAAGAAAUUUUGUUCCUGAUCAACUUUAGUUUUGGUCCCA